AUGUCAUCCCCAGGCGAAGCAACAGGAGGCGACACGGCCCCAAGAGACAUUGACGUCGACGCCGAGAUGGAGGACGCCACUACCCAAGAUGCGACAGCCAGACAGGAUGAGAACGCUGAUCAUGAUAUGACGACACAGACAGACACACAGCAGCCUGGCGCGACGGCGACAACGGCGUCGGGUCUGCCGCAUCAUAACCGCAAGGAUGUGACGUUGCGAGAGUUUCUGAGCAAAAUGGACGAUUAUGCGCCGAUUAUCCCCGAUGCCGUGACGGCUCAUUACCUCACCCUCUCGGGCCUCCCACCCCCAUCUCCCGCCGACCCAACGGGCGCCAGCACGAACACCACCCCCCUCCCACUCGCUCGCCUCCUCGCUCUUGCAACCCAGAAAUUCGUCGCCGACAUCGCCGCGGACGCCUACCAAUAUUCGCGGAUCAGGAGUUCGAAUAACGCAAUAAGCGGCCAAGGAAUGGCUGGCAUGGGCGGGGGAGGCGCGUCUACGUUUACAGGCGGCGCGUCUGGCGGAUCUGGAGGCGCAGGCGCCGGGGCAGGUGGCGCGGGAGGAAAGAAUCAACAGAAUACGACGCUAGGAGUGCAGAGGAGCGGGUAUGGCGGGGGAGGACAGGGUGGGAGCGCUCAGGGCAAGACCGUCUUGACAAUGGAGGAUCUGGGCAUGGCAGUGCAGGAGUAUGGAAUCAAUGUCAAGAGAGGUGAAUUUUACAGAUAA